UGGAUACUUGGAACUUUGUGGGAGGUCCUCGCGCUAUGUCUUGCAGUCUGGAUUGUGGUGAAACACUUCCGUGAACUGCGACAACAUUCGGCGGGAGGGAUUAUUGAGGACGGUUUCACCGUGUUGAUGAAAACUCACAUGGUUUACUUUUCAAGCUUUCUUGUAGUUUCUUGCUUCGAGUUCAUCAUUAUUUUCUAUCCAACAUUCUCAGCGGUAUGUCACUCUCUCGUUUACCUCUUCAUGCGACCACGGUUCAUUAUUUCCAUAGAACAUAAAUUCCCUACAAACUCAGAUUUUUUUUGGCUUCCUUCAAAUCUUGGUCGUCGUGCAGAUGUUUGUGCUAGGACCACGCCUGAUCCUUAGCAUUCGAGAAUAUUACGCCAAACUCAUGGCCGACUCCGACGCAGCAACUGGCAUGACCUCAG